CAGUUUUCGAUCAAGGGGUGCCAACACAAAUCUCUUCAUCCAGAGUCAUAGUACAUGUGGACCUGGAUUGCUUUUAUGCCCAAGUAGAAAUGAUCUCCAAUCCAGAAUUAAAGGACAAACCUUUAGGUGUUCAACAGAAAUACUUGGUGGUUACUUGCAACUAUGAAGCCAGGAAACUUGGAGUUAAAAAACUUAUGAAUGUCAGAGAUGCAAAAGAAAAGUGUCCCCAGCUGGUCCUCGUGAAUGGAGAAGACUUGAGCCGCUACAGAGAGAUGUCAUAUAAGGUCACAGAGCUGUUGGAGGAAUUUAGCCCAGUUGUUGAGAGACUUGGAUUUGAUGAAAAUUUUGUGGAUCUAACAGAAAUGGUUGAGAAAAGACUCCAGCAGCUUCCAAGAGAUGAGAUUCUGUCAGUGACUGUGUCGGGCCAUAUUUACAAUAACCAGUCUGUAAAUCUACACAACAUCACCCACGUGAGACUGGUGGUUGGAUCACAGAUUGCCGCAGAGAUUCGAGAAGCCAUGUAUCAUCAGCUUCAGCUCACUGGCUGUGCUGGAGUGGCUCCCAAUAAACUAUUGGCAAAGUUAGUUUCUGGUGUUUUUAAACCAAAUCAACAAACAGUCUUAUUACCUGAAAGCUGUCAAGAUCUCAUCCACAGCUUGAACCACAUAAAGGAAAUGCCUGGUAUUGGCUAUAAGACUGCCAAACGUCUUGAGGUGCUGGGAAUCAAUAGUGUGCGUGAUCUCCAGACCUUUUCAGUCAAAACAUUGGAAAAGGAAUUAGGGAUUUCAGUUGCUCAGCGCAUCCAGAAGCUCAGUUUUGGAGAGGACAACUCUCCCGUCACUCCCUCAGGGCCACCUCAGUCCUUCAGUGAAGAAGAUACAUUUAAAAAGUGUUCAUCGGAAGCUGAAGCUAAAACUAAGAUUGAAGAACUGCUUUCCAGCCUUUUGAAGAGAGUAUGCCAUGAUGGAAGGAAGCCCCAUACAAUAAGAUUAGUCAUCCGUCGGUACUCUGAGAAACACUGUAAUCGUGAGAGUCGCCAGUGCCCCAUUCCUUCCCACGUCAUUCAGAAGUUAGGGACAGGAAAUUAUGAUGCAAUGACUCCCCUGCUUGAUAUCCUUAUGAAACUUCUCCGAAAUAUGGUAAAUGUGAAGAUGCCAUUUCACCUUACUCUUCUCAGUGUGUGCUUCUGCAAUCUGAAAGCACUGAGCACUGCUAAGAAGGGGCCCAUGGAUUUCUAUUUAACGUCGUCCCUGUCAACAACGUCCUACUCCAGCAAGCGAAGUUUUUCUAGUGCAGACAGGAAUCUAAUCCAGGCACCAUGGGACCACCAACUGCAAGAGGAGACAAGAAAUUCACCAGCAAAUGUGAAUGGCUCAGCAACCUGGGGAUGGAGGGGGCGGUAGGGGCAGAGAAUUCAUCAGAUGAAUAAGAUUGGCCAACUAUUAAUUAAACUAAUCAAAAGAGUAAUCCAAUCUAAAUUAAUAAGAUUAAUUAAAAUAUACAUGUGAAAAAGGAUAGCCUUUAAAUAAAUGGCGCUGGACAAGCAGACUAUUAGUCUGCAGACAAAUGAAAUUGGGACUGUGUCUCUCACCUUGUACAAAAAUCAAUUCAAACUAGAUCAAAAACCUUAAUGUAAGACAUGACACUCUGAAAAUGGUAAAGAAAAACACUUCAGGAUGGAGAUAUAUGACUCAAAGCCUGACAGCAUAGUAAACAGCCAUAGAUAGCACUGACAUACAGAUAAAAAGCUACUGCACAAUGAAGGAAACCAACCAACAGAAAGAACUGCAGCCUACAGAGCAAGAGAACAUUGGCCAGCUAUACUGCACACUGUUAGUAGCUAGCCUGUAUUAAAAACUGCAACACACGGGCCAAUAAACUGAGCAGACAUCUUUCCCAAUAAGAAACACAAAUGUGCACUAAAAAGAUGAGUUGUGGAACUAACAGUGCUUUGGGCACCUUGCAGCCACCAGGUGCUCCUAAGGCUGUGAGAAUGAAACUGUUCUUUCACCAAUCCUUUCAUAGCCUACAACUCCACCCAGCCCUCCUUCUCUAUUAGUUAUUCUUAGCUGCAGCAGUUCAGUAGGUCUUGUAGCAGGACAAUACUGCCACCCACUGUUUGAAUCUUUUACUACCCCACACCCUCUUCCUUUUUAAGUCCUUGCUCUUCCUCUGUAUGCAUUCUUCUUAUUCAACUUCUCUUGAAGUCCAGAGGCUGGCCUGGUUUAUGAUAUAUGAGUACAUAUUCCCCACAUACGUACACCAUUUUUCCUUUACUUCGAUCAUUCCCACUCCUGUGUACUCUCCUCAACUUCCCACCUAACAACCUAGUACCUAUCACUAGUAUUGUGAGUGAUGGCCUUUUUUUUUCUUUCUUUUUUUCUUUGUCAAUUAUUCAUACUAACAUAUUAGUCUAUACAGUACUAUCAGGGUAUCUUCAUUCCUCAAAUUAAUCAGUAUUUAUCAAGGGUUGUUUUGUUAGUCUACUUUCAGAGUGGUUAACUACUGGAUAUCAAUGUGUUGUAGGUAGUACUUAACCCACAGGGCAGACUACAGAUAGAGUCCUGUGCUGAAACACAAGUCUAACAGAUAAAAACAUCACCACAACUGUACUAUGGUUUAGUCUCCCUCAAACACUGCAUAUAGACCCAGGAACAGAAGAAAGGUAGAAAGAAUUAGAACAACAACAAAAACCUUAGCCAAUGUUCUAAUUCAAGAUAGGUUGACUCCAAUGAGAAAACAUAAGUAACAUGAAGCCAAGACAACCUGACACCUCCAAACAUUAACAAUUACACAGUAGUGAUCCACAAUUAAAAUUACUUAGAUGAAAUUCCAGAUACAGGAUUUAAGAGAAUGACUAUAAAUAUGGUAAAACACCUCAGGAAUUCCAUAUUUACCAAGAGAAUAUUGACAGCUGAAUGAAAUAAUGAAGUCAAUUCAUAACACAAAAGUAGGAUUUAAUGGAGACAUAGGAAUUCUGAGAAAAACUCAGAUCAAAUGAGGAUAGAAAUGAAAAAUACAGUAGAUAAAUAAAAGUAUAGUUGAAAGCUUUGUCAAUACAAUGGAUCAUGUGAAAAAGAAAAUAAUCAGGAUAUGAAGAUAAAAUAUAGGAUUGGAUCACCCAAUCAAAGUGAAUAGUAAAAGUUUAAAACUGUAUGACUAGAUUAUACAAGAAAUUUGGGAGUUUUUGAAAAGGUAAGCCUAUGAAUUAUAGCCAUACAAGAAAGAGAAGAAUUUCAUUCAAAAGACAUAUAAAAUAUUUUUAAUAAAAUCAUAGCAGAAAUUCUGAAAUAGGGAAAGAGAAGCCUAUCCAAAUACAAGAGGCACACAGAACACCAAAUUGACAGAACCAGAAAAAGAAACUCCCUAAAUCAUUAUAGUUAAAACCUAAAUUUACAGAACAAAGAGAGUAUAUCAGAAUUUGUGAAAGAGAAGGAUAAGUCACAUACUAAGGCAGGUCAUCAAAACAACUGAUUUUCAAUCCAAACCAAAAAGGGAUGGGACUGGUGUCUUUCAGACUUUAAAAGUUCACAAUUGUCAGCCUAGUCUAAUAUACCCAGCCAAACUAUCUGGGUAUAUCAUAAUUCAAAGUGAAGGAAAAAAUGUCCAUGACAAAAGCAGGCUAAAGGAAUGGUGGUGCCCACAAUAGCCUAGGUCUUCCCAUAUCAAUUAGUCAAGACAACCCCCUACUGACAUACCACAGACUUAGCUGAUCUAGAAAACUUGCACUUGCAUCCACACACCUUUCUCCAAAUGGGAAAAUGUGCUAUCAUGUAAAAAGCCAGACUUUGGAAUCAAGGACCUGGAUGAAACUGGAUCUUUGCCCUGUGUGAAGUAUGGUAUGUAAUGUUUCUAUUUCUUAUUUUCUUCUUGAUGUAAAAUUAGGAUGUACAUAACAUCCUGUAGUGUCAAUGUGUUAAAUAAAGUCCUAAAUGUGUUAAACAAAUGCCCAGAGCAUGGCAUAUUAUAG